GGUGACUAGAGGGGUGACUACAUGGGUGACUCCGUGGGCGACUACAUGGGUGGGUAGAGGAGUGACUAGAGGGGUGGCUAGAUAAGUGACUACAUGGGUGACUGGGGGGUGACUAGAGGAGUGACUACAUGGGUAGCUGGAGGGUGACUACAUAGUUGGCUAGAGGAAUAACUGCAUGGGUGCCUGGAAGGGAUGACUACAUGGGUGGCUAGAGGGGUGACUACAUGGGUGGGUAGAAGGGUGACUACAUGAGUAACUGGAGGGGUGACUACAUGGGUGGGUAGAAGGGUGACUACAUGGGUGGAUAGAGGGUGACUACAUGGGUGACUACAUGGGUGGGUAGAAGGGUGACUGCAUGGGUGACUACAUGGGUGCCUGGAUGGAAAAGCACGUCAGAAGACGAGAUGGGAGACCACAUGGGUGCUAAAUGGAUGGCGUGGGCUGCGCAUGAGGUUCCCACGCACUUCCGCUACAUCCUGGACAAACUCAACGAGCAGCGACAGCACGAACACUUCACAGACAUCACCCUCAUUGUGUCUGGGCAGCAGUUUCGAGCUCACAGAGCGGUUCUGGCUGCAAGCAGUAACUUUUUCCACACGUUCUUCCAGGACUUCCACAACGAGCCACUUGUCGAGAUUGAGGGCGUAAGCGUGGAGGCGUUUCGCCACCUGUUGGAGUUCACGUACGCGGCGCGUUUCGCUGUUGAGGGCAUGAACCCAGCGAGCUUGGCCAACGUUCUGAAGGCAGCGAAGUACCUGCAGAUGGAAGAGGCGAUACGGACGCUCACGGCCAGGCAGAAAACUUCCAAGCAGACGAGUGCGAAAAAGUCAUCGGAUCACCGGAAAGUCUUCGACACUCAUAAGGUCGUGACAGAAACGCUGCCAGAGCUGCCCAACCCAGAGAGUGCCAAGAAUCCGCAGCAAGGGAAUACUCCGAAGCAGGCGACCGAGGGGGUCGGUGGCGGCGGGGGCGAGGGUGGAUCAGCCCUGGCUCUGCUCGCUGACAUCACGAGCAAAUAUGAGCAGGAGCAGGUGGGGGAGGAUUCGCAGUGUCCGGCCAUGGAGCUGGAGCUGACGGAGGAUUGCCUGGAAGGAGCGCUAGUGGAGAGGGGCGGAGUGGAGGUAGAAGUGAGCUCCACAAGUGAAGUCCCCCCACCUCCACCACCUCAGGAGAGACUCUUCUGCUGCAAGUACUGCAGCCGCUCCUUCCGCAUGUACUACCAUUUCCGGGAGCACCUGCGCACUCACGCGGGACCCAAGUUCACCUGCAAGGACUGCGGUAAGAAGUACACGCGCGAGCGUGCGUGGAAGCAGCACGUGGCGUGUCACCACAAAGAGGAUGAGGACGAGGCGAGCGGAGACGCGGGCGCGCAAAACUCCAACAUCAUACGCACCUGCAUCUACUGCAACAAGAUCUUCCGCCAUCAGGGGCACUUCAAGGAGCAUUUGAGAAAGCACACGGGCGAGAAGCCGUUCGAGUGCCCAAACUGCCCCAAGCAGUUUGGCCGGAAGGGCACUCUGAAGACGCACUUGCAGGCUUGCUCCUCGGCCUCUGGUGCCAAGAAGGGCCGUCGGAAGGUGUACGAGUGCCAGAUUUGCACGAGGUCAUUUCAGCAGUGGGAGAAGUUCAAAGAGCACCUGACGGAGCACAUGGGAGAACGCCCGAACCACUGCCUAACAUGCGACCACUGGUUCACGCGGCCUGACGAACUGCAGCGACACAUGGAUGAUGUGCACAACACAGGUCUGCUCUCCACCGAAUUGCACACUCUCAACAUCAUCACGGUGGACAUACAAGUGCCAGACUUGCAGCACGCAGACACAAAAACACCGGGCAUGAAGUACGAGCAAACUUCUGAAUCGCACACACAGCAUAUUGAUACACCCACACCGCACACACAAUAUGUGACCGUGCAGAAAACGGAGGAGACAUCCACUGCACACACACAAUAUGUGACCGUGCAGAAAACAGAGGAGGCACCCACUGCACACACACAAUAUGUGACAGUGCAGCAAACGGAGGAGACGCCCACUGCACACACACAAUAUGUGACUGUGCAGCAAACGGAGGAGACGCCCACUGCACACACACAAUAUGUGACUGUGCAGCAAACGGGGGGGACACCCACUGCACACACACAAUAUGAGUGCAGCAACCAACUGCACACACACAAUAUGUGA